AUGCCCAACUUCCUCAAGUACGACCGCAAAGUGUUAUGCUUCAAGGCGUACUACGAGGAGAAGGUCAACGAGUCGACGCUCGAGCGCCAGCGCGUGCGCAAGUGCCUCAUCUACUACUACCUCGAGAACGACACGAUGCAGAUGGUCGAGCCCACCGAGGAGAACUCGGGCAUCCCCCAGGGCGCGUUCAUCCGGCGCCACCGCAUCCCGAAGCCCGGGUUCGGCGACGCGUUCUACAGCGCCGAGGACCUCUACGUCGGCGCGGAGCUCGAGGUCUACAAGAAGCGCAUCAAGAUCUACGACUGCGACGAGUUCACGAAGCAGUUCCUGGACCAGGCGUCGCCGCAAAUCGACGCGGCCGACGCGACGCUCGACGCCGCGACGGUGAUGACGGGCUUCAUGGAGGCCCAGCUCGGCAAGCCCCAGUCCCAGGCCGAUUUAGGCAGCUUCCUCGCCCACGACCGCAAGGUGCUGCGCUUCGACUGCGUCUGGGACGACUCCGCGCGGCUCUACGGCGACGUCUUGAAGUUCAAGCUCCACUACUUCCUCAGCGACGACACGAUCGAGAUUUUGCAGGUCCACGAGAAGAACAACGGCCGCGACCCCGUGCCCAAGCUCCUGAGCCGCCGGCGCCUGCCCCUGCCCCAGGAGCAGGACAAGGUCGCGGGCGGGCCGCUCGCGUCGUCGCCGUCCGGCCCGUCGAAGACGGAGUACUACCACUGGCGCGACCUCGUGCUGGGCAAGCCCGUCGUCGUCUUCAACCGCAACCUGCUGCUGAUCGACGCGGACCCCUACACCGUGGACCACUACAACGCCGUGAAGCCGUUGGGCCGGCCCAUCGCCGUCGACGCGAGCCGGUUCCGCGACGACCUCGUGCAGACGCCCGUGCCGCCCUUCAACGGCUUCGGCUCCGAGGAGGACUCGCUGCGGUCCGUCUACAGCAUACGACCGAAGAAGCCGACGCGGGACCUGUCCAAGUCCGAGAACUGCGGCAACGUCAUGCGGUUCUCGAUCAAGAUGGCGAACGCGCGCGACGAGGACAAGCAGCGCAUCUUCACGCUGCAGUACUACCUCAUCGACGACACCAUGGCCAUCCGCGAGCCGCCGUUGCGCAACAGCGGCCACAUCGGCGGCAACUUCCUGUCGCGGUCGCGCGUCCGCAAGCCGGAAGUCGAGCAGACGAACGCGCCCGCGCCCGCGCCCGCGGGCGCGGUCUGGGGCCCGGCGCCCGUGACGGCCUACUACGGCGCCGAGGACCUGCACGUGGGCAACGAGAUCGAGUUCCUCGGCCACAAGUUCACGAUCUACGAGGCCGACGAGUAC